AUGAGCCCGCCACAAGCACCUUCUGAUGCCGGGGUCAGUCCUUCCUCAUGGGUAGCUGCCAACCGCAACAGCGACCUCACGGAAGGCGCGGCAACUUCGGCAACGACGCCCUCCAAUACUGGCUCAACUGAGCAGCGAUCACCACCAGCUAAACGGCGCAGAGAAGAAAGAGAAAGGACUAGGGUCAGCAGAGCGUGCGACAGGUGCAAGAAAAAGAAGACGCGAUGCACAGGCCGUUGCCCAUGCACUCUAUGUCUACGAGCCGGUCUGUCAUGCGAGUACACCGCCCAGUAUACUCGCGGAAGAUUGCCAUCCGUCAUGGUGGACGAGGCUGCUAUGUCCGCAGCUUCCAAAGCAGGCAACACGCGGCUAAACGCAAUACCUAUCGAAGAUAAUCCACUUAGAGACUUACCUUCCUUCCAGUAUGGAGGAUACGGCCUUAGCACCCCUUCAGCACACGAUCGCCCAAUCUUGGAAAGAGUGAACCGGGUUAACGGCAACAAUGAAGACUCCAAUCGUGACCCACCAUCGAGAACUUCUCCAGAGCCGGCACAGGCGCAGACAGAUUCGCAAGGACACUACGUUGGCUCUUCUUCAGGAGUAUCAUUCUUGAUACGGAUCCAAAAGCGACUUCAUCAGAACACUCCAACUUCCCAAGACUCGUCCAUAUUUGCCUGGGGAGACUCACCACUACCAGACUUCGAUCCAACAUUCUUCGUCCUGCCUCCCAAACCUGACGCACAGCGACUGGUAGAAAGGUACUUCGACUAUGCCGCCCCAACACACCGCUUCAUCCAUCGAACUACCAUCGAGAAAUGGGUGCACGAGUUCUACGAAACCCAGGGCGACAUGCACGCCAAAGAAGACGCAGCAGCCAAAACCGCGCUACUUCUUAUCGUCUUCGCACAAGCACAAGCAUACAUGCCACCAGGCAGCACAACACAGGAGAACAGUGCACGCUACUUCUUCGCAGCCGAGCACCAACUCUCCAAAGAACGCGGCGCAGUCCGUCUAGCAAGUGUGCAAGCACGUCUUUUGCAGUGUUUCUACCUCCUUACGCAAUCGCGCAUCAACCAUUGCUGGUCUCUCUUCGGAACGACGUCUCAUCUUGCGCUUGCUAUAGGACUGAAUCGCGGGAGAAGGUAUGAUCCAUCAGCGACAAUCGACUAUGUGGAGCUGGAAAGCCGGAGACGGACGUUCUGGGUAGCAUACUCGCUUGACAAGUACCUUUCGGCUGCUUUGGGACGACCGCGGACGUUUAAGGACGAGGAUAUUGAUCAAGAACUGCCGACUGUUGUCAAUGACUCUGAUCUCCAUCCACAGUAUAUUUCGUCGUCUACUUCGAAAUCACCAUCGCACAUGAUGGCGCCUGUGGAACACAUCAAACUCACACGCAUCGUCUCCCUCGUCCUGCGAGACCUCUACCCCAUCCGCCCACCCUCCCUCGCCCUACGCAUCGAACUGUCCGCAAAGUACACCAAAGACCUGGACGUCUGGCGCGCCGCACUCGGCCCCUUCCUCGACGCCGCCGGCAUCGAAUCCUCAUUGCUCAUCCCAAUCUACCAGCGGCAGCGGGGCGUGCUAAACCUGGCCUACUACCACGCGAUGCUGUUGAUCCACCGUCCAUUUCUGUUAAGCAAUUUCGCCAACCUGACGGGCAUCAGGAGCCAUCCAAGCUACCAGGCGCCGGCGGAUACGAGCGCAAACAUUGCGAGUUGUUUGGAUGCUGCGAUGAAUAUUGUGAAGGUUGUGGACGAUGUGUUCACGAGCUCGAAUUUAUUCAGAGCGUUUUGGUUUACGCAGUACUACGCGUUCUGUGCGGUGGUCGUGCUGUACAUAUACCGGAUCCGGCAACAUCUUCUCACGCCGGGGCAGUGCGAGGGCUACUUCGCUGCAGGGCAGAAGUGCCAGAGACAGUUGGAGAGUAUCAGUGAGACGGACUGUUUGGCGCGACGGUACUGUGUUGUUCUUGAAGAGCUGAGGUUGGAGGCUGUGAGGCAGACGAAUCAGCAAACCCGAUCUGGAUCUGGCAUUACAGGGACGACACCGCUGCCUGUGCCUGGUGCUGGCGUUACGGAGCAGAACCAGAGGAACUCGACGGUCUUGCCGCUGCUAGAUGCGACACCGCAGAAUGGUGCAAGUCCGGAUAUGGCCGGGAGCUUGUACAACAAUAAUGUGCCGCAGACGCCGGAUAGUACGAUGUUCAAUUCGAACUACCUGCCAUCGAAUAUGGCAGAUUUGACGAGCUGGGGUCAGUUCGACAGCCUAGUCACGGCAGGGAUAGGGAUCUUUGAUGGUGACUUUCAGGGCGAUAACAACUUCGGUUUUGGGUUUAAUCUGUAA